AUGAGUGCACCGAGUCAAGAAGAGCGCUUCAAUCGGCUCCUCAGACCUCGUCUAGGCCACGUUCGGCUGUCGGACGCAUCUGGCUCCGGAAGCCGGUACGUCUUCCGAAGUCGCCGCGUUGCGCUCCAUCCACAACCAUCACCCUCUCUCUGCCGGCUCAUCUCCAUUGCAGACACCGAGUCUGGCCGGUACACAUCCAUCAUGCUCAAGGAGCUCACCGACCAGGCCCAAGGCUAUCUCGGCAACCGCAAGCCCUUCAGCGCCGUGACCGACUGGAUCGAUCGACUAUGCACCCAGCGAUAUGCCGAAGAGGAGUACGAUGGCAUCCCCGAACUCGUCGAGGCAAUCAACCUCCAGUCCACCGGUCCAACGGAAGCAAGCCGCGCUCUGCGCAAGAAGCUCAAGUACUCGAACGUGCACGGUCAGAAGCGUGCCCUCAUCAUCCUCAAGGCGCUCGUCGAGAACUGCGGUCAGCGUUUCCAGACCACGUUUGCUAACGACCAGCUCGUAGACCGUAUCAAGAUCAUGUCGCAAGACCAGCUGGUGGAUGCCUCGGUGCGUAGGCUGCUCAUGCGUGUCCUGCUCUCCUGGCACCAGCAGUUCAAGGACGAUCCCUCCAUGAGGAUGGUCGCCGGUCUCUACGCCGCCUGCGGUGGAGGCAAAAAGUCCGAGGCGCAAAAGAAGAACGAGGCUGCCAUAGCCUAUCGCAAGCUGCAGGAAAAGCAACGCAUCGAAGCGCAGAUCCGAAGCGAUCGCAAAGCAGCCGAACAACUUCAGAAGGAGGAAGACAAGAAGAACAAACUCAGAGGCAAGAAGGGCGUCAAGCGACCCGCAUUCAACUUUGAGCAGGAGAAGCCCGUCAUCCUGCAAUCGCUCGCCAUCUCGCAGCAGGUCGCCACCGCACUCGUCAAUGCGCUGCAGCACGUCAAUCGCGAAAAGGAGAGCGUCACCGAGAACGCGCGCGUUCAAGACUACCUGGUCAAGACCAAAGUUGAGCGCAAGAAGAUCAUCCGAUAUGUACAGCUCGUCAAGGAUGAGGAGUUCCUCGGCUCGCUCAUCUCUGCCAAUGAUCAGAUCAUCUUGGCUCUCGAGCUGUACGAUCGUCUCUCCAAGCCAGCCGAUCUGGACUCGGACGACGAGGAGCCGCUGGCUGCCAUUUCGGGAUCGGGUCAGACGGCCGAGCAGAAGAACGCGGCGCGCAUUGCUGCCGACGAUGCCGAGAUCGAGAUGGUGCGCAAGAGGAUCGCGGAUGCACGACUCAACGCGCCGGACAGCGAGUUGGAAAAGUUGCAGACGCGACAGAGGGUGCGUAUCGAGCGUCACAACUCGCGUGUGGGUAGCAUGCGAAGCUUCGAUAUGAGUCCACAGCCUACGGGCGCUGGAACUAGUCAGCGAGCAGCAGCCGGCGGCGGAGCCCUGAACGACCUCAUCGACCUCGACUUUCAAGAGGAUCACUCUGGCGGCGGCUACCAUCAGGCGCAGCACAAUAGCGGGGCGCACAGCCGACGAGGUACCAUGGCAUCCGAAGCAGCCGGCAGCAGCACCCAACAUGGUGCCCUCUCCGACUACAGCGACUACGAAUCCGAAGACUCUGCCGACGAACGCCACCAUCAGCAAGUGCCUGGUCGAGCCCAUCAGCUCGCGGUGCCCUCGUCACGACCUGAAGGAGGAUCUUGGUCCAACCUCAACGACUCUGAAGAGGAGGAGUGGCUGCGAACCACGCAGAACCAUCGACCCAGCAUCGGACCCGGAUUCAGUUGGAACGAAGACGAAGACGCCGACGACGAUCCUUUUGCCGAUCCCUUUGCCGACGCCAACAAUGCCGCUGCUUCGGGUAGCGGAUGGGGGAUCGAACGGCCGCAGAAUCAGCCUCGAAAGGAGUGGGGGGUGGUGUAG